UCUUUCUGCAUGUAGCGCUGGAUUCUGAAUUUAUCUGAUUUCGAUCUCAAAACGCAAUUUAUUACCAAAAUAAUGCAAAGCUUGGAGGAAAGGGAUAUGGUUUCAUGCCCCUACAACAAGGAGCAUGUGAUGCUGCGUAGAAAAUAUCAGCAACACAUAAUGAAAUGUCGUGAGAUCCACAAAGACACUGUGGAACUUCUUGUGUGUCCGUUCAACAAGGCGCAUCUCAUACCAGAGCCAGAGUUCUAUCAACAUACCAAAACAUGCGACGAUCGUAAGAUAAUUAUACAAUAUCUAACUAGCGAACCAGCUGAACUGCGCGCCGACACACGACACGAGAAAAUUGAAGCCGACGAGAAUUGGGACGAUGAUAAGGCGGAGGACUACAAUCCGCAGGUUUAUUGCGCUCAGGCAAAUAUAGUACGCGAACCGAACGGAAUGUUCCCGGCCCAGCGCAAGGCAUUCAUUAAAGAGGAACGUCGUCGUCGCGGCGAUAACUGUGACGAAGAUCAGACCGGCCCCUCCAAAUCGCGGGCUGAAAAACGUCCCACACCUUACAAUAGCAAUCAGCAGCGUUCGAAACGCCGACAAUUAAAAAAAUAUUUGUAAUCUUAAUAUUCAAAUAAGAAGACGAUGGAAUAUUCGUCAUGUUCCUAGGCAUUUGGAGCAGAAAUGUUGAAAUCCACAAGCAACUCGAAUAAAGUGAAAAAUGUGCCUUAA